CAUUUACCAAUUUAUUUAAAAUAAGAUAGUGUUGUAAUUAGUAAUUUUAGGAUUAUUAGAUAAUUUCGUGCAAAUAGAUAACUAUGAGUCGGUAUACUAAAAGAGAUUUCAAACAUUUUCUGAAUACCACAUAAAUAAAAUUUACAGUAUUACAUAACCUAAAAUGUUCAAAUUUUGUGGAAGAAUUUUGGCCAUUUCGAAGACUCCUUUGAGAGUAAAUUUUAAACAAAUUGUUAGUAGAGGGAUAUCUAAAACACCACCUACGCCUGGCCGAUCACCAUUAGCAGUUAUUUUUAGCAAUAAGUAUUUAUUAACCACUAAUAUAGUUAGUUCCGGGGUGUUGAUGUUCAUUGGGGACAUUGCACAACAGGAAAUAGAGUAUCGUCAGCACACGCUAGAAAAACGAUACGAUUAUGGCAGAUUAACACGAAUGUUUUUGGUGGGUUUGGUAUUAGGCCCGAUUCAUCAUUACUAUUAUUUAUGGAUAGCUAAAAAAUGGCCCGCCAGAACAACAAAAAUUAUUACAUGGAAAAUUGGCCUGGAUCAAUUCAUAAUGUCUCCAAUUUGUAUUGGUGCAUUCUUCUAUGGAAUGAGUGCUUUAGAAAAUAAAUCUCUUAGAGACUCUACGGUUGAGUUGAAGGAGAAAUUUAUGGAAACAUAUACAGUUGAUUGGUUGGUUUGGCCACCGACUCAGUUUAUAAACUUUUACUAUGUACCUGUUCGUUUUCAAGUGUUUUACAUUAAUGGCGUAACAAUGUUGUAUAAUGUUUUCUUAUCUUACAUUAAGCAUAAACCAUUGAAAGAAGAAAUACCGUCGUGAGCUAGAUUUGUACACUAAAUUUAAAAGGAUUUAUUACACUAUUUUUAGCUAAAACUGCCACUGUAUUGAUUCAAAUUUUCAUUUUACCUAGC